CUCCAAGGAACAGGUGAAGUGACCUGAUCUUCUUUUCUCUCUCCUCUCCUGAGAAUCAACAAAUACUCGAACCAUAAAAGCUGAUCGGCGCCCACUUUCUGCUCCGGCGUCACCUUGUUCUCCUCUUCUUCUUUGACCAGUCGUCUGGCCAGGCUUGACCCUCGUGUGAAACUCUCCGCUCCAUCUUCCCGUCACCACUCUCUUCCGCUCCGUCUGCCGGUCUGAACCUCUCGCUGCCGAGUCUCACUCGUUCUCUCUCACAACCAUGGCGUCCCCCGUCGCCUCGGCCGCCUUGCGGUCUCGCGUCCAUCGCGCGUCGAUGCUCAAGAAACUCACCCGCCCCCAGGACCUCCUCCAGCACUUCCCCAACGGCACCUACCUCGGCUGGUCCGGCUUCACCGGUGUCGGCUACCCCAAGAAGAUGCCUACUUUCCUUGCCGACCACGUCGAGCAGAAUAGUCUCCAGGGCCAGCUGCGCUACAGCCUCUUCGUCGGUGCCUCGUCCGGCGCCGAGACGGAGAACCGAUGGGCCGGCCUCGACAUGAUCGAGCGCCGCAGCCCCCACCAGGUCGGCAAGGCCAUCUCCAAGGGCAUCAACGAGGGCCGCAUCCACUUCCACGACAGGCAUCUGUCCCAGUUCCCCGUCGACCUCGUCUACGGCUUCUACACCAAGGACCGCCCUAACAAGAACCUGGACGUUGUCGUCGUCGAGGCCACCGAGAUCAAGCCCGACGGCAGCAUCGUCCCCGGAGCCUCCGUCGGCGCCACCCCCGAGCUCAUCCAGAUGGCCGACAAGAUCAUCAUCGAGGUCAACACGGCGCUGCCCAGCUUCGACGGCCUGCAUGACAUCACCAUGACCGACCUGCCGCCGCGCCGUAAGCCCUACCUCAUCACGAGCGUCGAGGACCGCAUCGGAUCCAACUCCAUCCCCAUCGACACGGAAAAGGUCGUCGGUAUCAUCGAAUCCGAUUACCAAGACCAGACGGCCCCGAAUACCCCCCCCGACGCUUCGUCGCGCGCCAUUGCAGGCCACCUCAUUGAGUACUUUGAGCACGAGGUCAAGCACGGCCGCCUGCCCAAGAACCUCCUACCCCUGCAGUCCGGCAUCGGCAACAUCGCCAACGCCGUCGUCGGUGGUCUCAAGGACUCCAACUUCUGGAACCUCAAAGUCUGGACCGAGGUCAUCCAGGACACUUUCCUUGACCUCUUCGACUCAGGCCACCUUGAUUUCGCGACCGCCACCUCGAUCCGCUUUUCUCCCGAGGGCUUCCAGCGCUUUUACGACAACUGGGACAGCUACCACAACAAACUCCUCCUCCGCAACCAACAGGUUUCCAACUCCCCCGAGAUCAUCCGCCGCCUCGGCGUCAUUGGCAUGAACACGCCUGUCGAAGUCGACAUUUACGCACACGCCAACAGCACGUGCGUCAUGGGUUCCCGCAUGCUCAACGGCCUCGGCGGUAGCGCCGAUUUCCUCCGCAACGCCAAGUACAGCAUCAUGCACACUCCCUCAACUCGCCCUUCAAAGACGGACCCUCACGGAGUCAGCUGCAUCGUGCCUAUGUGCACGCAUAUCGAUCAGACGGAGCACGACCUCGAUUGCAUCGUAACUGAACAGGGCCUCGCUGACGUGCGCGGUCUCAGUCCCCGUGAGCGCGCGCGCGUCAUCAUCAAGAAAUGCGCCCACCCCGUCUACCAGCCCAUUCUCGAGCGCUACUUCGACAAGGCCGAGUUCGAGUGCCUCCGCAAGGGCAUGGGACACGAGCCUCACCUUCUCUUUAAUUCUUUUGAUCUGCACAAGGCGCUGGUUGAAGAGGGUAGCAUGCAAAAGGUCAAGAGCUUUUAGGCGUAGGCCGCAGAGCUGGGCAGUAUUCAAGGAGGAGCACUACAAAUACCCUUAAAACGUUUCCUUUUUAUAUAGAUCCUUAGACGACUAAUGCAUUUUCGAAUUAAAAAGUUCCUGAAAUCACGCGUCUGUGGGCUACUUUAUGGAAUCACCGGACAAUGUUGCGGAUGGGACGAUAUGAUUCAAGAGCAGUUGCAUGCAGGCACACUCAUCCAGCAUAUCAUCCUAUUCUCGAGCGUGUAAGGUGGGAUGAGUGGACGGAUCGCAGUAACAGACUUAUAGUCGGCCUGCGAAGGGCGUUACCUGUUGGUCUAUAUGUCUUAUUUUUGGUGCGUCCUGAAGUAAUUCCUGGCCUUCCUAGGUGCCUAGGGAAUGGGGCUCCGCAUCCCUACACCUCCCUUGACCUCU